GGUACCACCGAAUAGUAGUACCCACUAGUACCGGUAGUGGUACUGCCAUAGUGCUACAUCACAGCACCUCUCCAUAUCGCUACCCUUCAUAAUGUCCUCCCAAGACACUGUGGAGGCACUACAAUGGUACCAAUGGAUGUUCAUGGUGGUACUGGUACUUGGCGUUGCCAUGGCAGUGGCGCUCAUAGUACGGACGGUAUUACUAGCCACUGGUAGCGCUGGAUAUGCUAGUGAAACAGACCCUAUGGUCACCGCCUUGUCCUUUAUGGUUCUUUUAUGCUAUAUAGGACUACAUUUACUAGGGUACUACUGCCAGUAUGUGAAGACGCCACUAUGUAGGCCCAUGAAGGCACUGUUAGCCUUUGGGAUGAUACUUGUGGUUACUGCAUGUUAUGUUACCUUUACGUUGACCACGAAUUAUACUCAGAAUGCUGACAAGACUGCCUAUAUCGUAGUGGCCAUAUCGUGCCUACAGGUAGUGGCUUUCGUAGGAUUUGUGGUGACUUUGAUAUUCAAUGGAUGCUUCAGCAAGGAUAUGACUAUUAAGCAAUGUGUAUUCUACGUCAUGGGAUCAAUAGCCACUCUGUGCUUCAUUGGAUAUAUCGCCAGUCUGCAGUGGUAUUUCUAUUAUACGACAAAGGGAUCAUGGACCAGUGAGACCCAGCAAAAGGCUAAUGCCACCAAAUCAUCCUGUAGAACUCUUUCUUCUCUGAACAACGUAUUAAUGGGAGCUAGUGUCCUGAGUGCCUACCAGGUGAACUUGUGCUGCACCCCGUGGUCCAGAUGGGAUGUACUCCUAUUAGUACUCCUGGGUGGUGCCCUAGGGAUCUUAAUUGUUAUUGUUAUUAGUGGGCAAGAGGGUCAACACGGUCUUGAACCCGCUAGUUACACCUUGUUAUUCUUGACAACUAUAGCUACUAUAGUACUCCUGGUUAUAAUCCACUUCAAGGAACCUCUGUCACAGUAUUGGUCCAGGGACCGAGUGGCUUGUGGAGUGCUCAGUCUGGUGUCACUAGUCACGUGGAUGGGAAUCGCUAGUUAUGGCAUGGAGAGCACUGACAACACAGGGAAGCCACCCUUCUACUGCUUGGUGGUGUACGGCUGUAUUACAUUUGGUGGUGCUCUGUUCUAUGGCUUCCGUGGUGGCCUUUUACAGGGCAGUUGCUUCACCAAGAAAAGCAGUGGUAGUAACUCUACACAGCUACAGGGUAGUGACGAGGCAGUGAGUACUCCAGAAGUGGCUGUAGACAAUACAGCUGACACCGUAGAAGUCACAAGAGACACUGAGUAGUACAGGAUAACACUGCUCUA